GGGGCCGGGCCACGAUGCUGCUGGACGCGGGGGCGCAGUACCCGGGGCUGGGCGUGGGGUCCUUCGGCUCCUCCCGCCACCACGGGCCGGGGGAGGCGGCGUCGGAGCGGGAGGCGGCGGCGCUGGGCCUCAACCCCUUCGCCGACGGCAUGGGCGCCUUCAAGCUCAACGCGGGCGGCCACGAGCUGGGCCCGGGGGGCCAGGCGGCCUUCGCGGCGCAGCCGGCGCCUCCUCCUCCUCCUCCACCUCCUCCUCCGCCCCCGGGCUACUCGGCGGCGGCGGCGGCGGCGGCGGCGGCCCUGGGCCACCCGCACCCGCACCCGCACCCGCACCCGCACCCCGGCCACGUCGGGUCGUACUCCAGCGCGGCCGCCUUCAACUCCACCCGCGACUUUCUCUUCCGCAACCGGGGCUUCGGGGAGGCGGCGGCGGCGGCGGCGGCGGCGGCCAGCGCCCAGCACAGCCUCUUCGCCUCGGCGGCGGCGGCGGCGGCGGCGGGGGGCUUCUCGGCCGCCCACGGCCCCCACGGGCCCCACGGGCCCCACGGCCCCGACGCCGCGGCCGCCGCCGCCGCCGCCGCCGCCGGGCAUCUCCUCUUCCCGGCCCUGCACGAACCGGCGGCCGGACACGCGUCGCCCGGGGUGGUCAACGGGCCCAUGCGGCUGGGCUUCUCCGGGGACGUCUACGGCCGGGCCGAGCAGUACGGCCAGGUGGCCAGCCCCAGGUCCGACCCCUACGGGUCCGGACAGCUGCACGGCUACGGCCCGGUCAACGUGAACAUGGCAGCCCACCCGGCCGCCGGCGCCUUCUUCCGCUACAUGCGGCAGCCCAUCAAGCAGGAGCUCAUCUGCAAGUGGGUCGAGCCCGACCAGCUGGCCAGCCCCAAGAAGGCGUGCAACAAAACUUUCAGCACCAUGCACGAGCUGGUCACCCACGUCACGGUGGAGCACGUCGGGGGGCCCGAGCAGAGCAACCACAUCUGCUUCUGGGAGGAGUGCCCGCGCGAGGGCAAGCCCUUCAAAGCCAAAUACAAACUGGUCAACCACAUCCGCGUCCACACCGGGGAGAAGCCCUUCCCCUGCCCCUUCCCCGGCUGCGGCAAGGUCUUCGCCCGCUCCGAGAACCUCAAGAUCCACAAAAGGACGCACACGGGUGAAAAACCCUUUAAGUGUGAAUUCGAGGGCUGCGACCGGCGCUUCGCAAACAGCAGCGAUCGCAAAAAGCACAUGCAUGUGCACACUUCGGACAAACCUUACCUCUGCAAAAUGUGCGACAAGUCCUACACCCACCCCAGCUCGCUCCGCAAACACAUGAAGGUCCACGAAUCCUCGACCCAGGGCUCCCAGCCGUCUCCGGCCGCCAGUUCGGGCUACGAGUCGUCCACCCCACCCACCAUCGUGUCCCCGUCCACGGACACGCAGACCGCCAGCUCCCUGUCCCCGGCCUCCUCCGCCGUCCAUCACACGUCCGGACACAGCGCGCUCUCGUCCAAUUUUAACGAAUGGUAUGUGUGAAAGCAGACCCCCCCAUCAGCCCCGCCGAAACAAAGCCCCAUUUAAAAGACUCCUCAGAAAUAUCAUGAACGCUGAGAAUCGAAAUCGCCAAAAAAAAAAAAACCCAACCCAACACAAACCCAACAAAAAACAAAACACGACCCACCCACACCCACUCACACAUACACCCCCCCCCAUCCAAACAAAGAGCACUCGCAAAACCCUACCGCCGUAAUCUUAAUUUCGAGGGGGUUUUUCUAGCAAAGGCUGUCGCUUUAGACCCAGGACCGAAUGCAGUGAAGCAUCAAACGUUUUUUGUUUUUUUGGCAGAGGCUUGGUAGACAAGCUGUGCCGCCUCUGUGCUCUGACUGAACCCGGCUGCUCGGCGGCGGCCUGUUUUUUUUUUUUUUUUUGGUUGUAAAUACAGAAUUACUAGUUGAACCCUGUACUGUUGAAUCCUGUAAAUAGUUAUAUCCCAGUUGAAGGGAGGUGGGGUGGGGGGGAGGGGAGGGGGUUCUGUGGAAUCGUGGUCUUGGCAUUUAUGUGGGGGGAGGGGGGCGGAGGGCAAAGGGUGGAGGGAGGAGACAGAAAUUCAACUAUUUGUACUGAAUGGCAAGAAUGUUCUAGUAAAUGUGUACCAAAAUGUGAAUUCCUUUGUAUGAUGACAGUCUAAACGUCAACCUAACAGAAUAUUAUUGGUAUUAAUGUGCUUUUUUUGUAUAAAGUGCAAACAUUUCGUCCCACCGUCCAGUCUGAAUAGUGCAGUAAAAUGUUGUUACACGUCCUGUCAAGAAUUCGUAUAGUACAAGCCUGGAUCUGCGUGUCAAACUGUUACAUUUGUUUAUGUAAAGUGAUAUUAAAAAAAAAGAUAUAAACUAUAUCUGUCCGUUGCUUUUGGCAAAUACAACGACAUAAUGUAUAUAAUUCCUAAUUUCCAUAUUUAUCCGCAUGUAAAGGGCCGGUUAUACAUGUUACAGAUAUUCAAUAUUUAUGGAUAGAAGGGUUCGUAUGUAAAAUUUAGUUUACAGAACUGUUUGGUAACAUUUCGUACCUUAUUAAAGAUUCUUAAAAUCCCAUUAA